AUGUCCAUUGAGUCGGUGAUGCCAUCCAACCAUCUCAUCCUCUGUUGUCCCCUUCUCCUUCCACCUCCAAUCCUUCCCAGCAUCAGGGUCUUUUCCAAUGAGUCAGCUCUUCACAUCAGGUGGCCAGAGUAUUGGAGUUUCAGCUUCAACAUCAGUCCUUCCAAUGAACAUCCAGGACUGAUCUCCUUUAGGAUGCACUGGUUGGAUCUCCCUGCAGCCCAAGGGACUCUCAAGAGUCUUCUCCAACACCACAGUUCAAAAGCAUCAAUUCUUUGGCGCUCAGCUUUCUUUAUGGUCCAACUCUCACAUCCAUACAUGACUACUGGAAAAAGCAUAGCUUUGGCCUUUGUUGGUAAUGUCUCUGCUUUUUAA